CAGUCACUUCCUUCACCAAGUCAGACUGCACAGCUCCAUUCGUGUCGACUGCCCAGAGUCCACGAAUACAGCCCUGCACCUUCCACCACCACCACUACCAGUUCAGCCAAACCAAACAUACACAACCAAGCUGCACAUCUCCUGACAUUCCAGCAGCCUCCUCUGCCUCUGUUCAGACAUGUCGCUCCACAGUUUUGGCCUGGAGCCGAUCUCCUGCCACACCUGGAACAAAGACAGGACCCAGAUUGCAGUGAGCCCCAACAACAACGUGGUGAACAUCUAUGAGAAGAAAGGGAAAGACUGGAUCAAGAUUCAUGAGCUCACUGAGCACAGUGGACACAUUACAGGCAUUGACUGGGCCCCAGAGUCCAACCGCAUUGUGACUUGUGCCACGGACCGCAACGCCUACGUGUGGACUCUGAAGGAUGGCGUGUGGAAACCCACACUGGUCCUGGUGCGCAUCAACCGAGCAGCCACGUGUGUGAAGUGGUCACCUCUGGAAAACAAGUUUGCCCUGGGCAGUGGCGCUCGUCUCAUCUCUGUCUGCUACUUUGAGAAGGAAAAUGACUGGUGGCUGAGUAAGCACAUCAAAAAGGCCCUUCGAUCCACAGUCCUGAGUCUGGACUGGCAUCCCAACAAUAUCCUACUGGCUGCUGGCUCGGCAGACUUUCAGUGCAGGGUUUUCUCUGCCUACAUCAAGGACAUCGAGGACAAGCCUGGGCCCACCGCCUGGGGCGCCAAGAUGCCUUUUGGGGAGGUCCUGCUUGAGCAUAAGGACUGUGGGGGCUGGGUGCACAGUGUCUCCUUCUCUCCGAGUGGAGAUCAGCUGGCAUGGGUGGCCCACAACAGUAGCAUCGCUGUGGCUGAUGCUGCCCAGAAGAAGGAGGUAACCCAUCUGACCACUGACCGUCUGCCGAUGAUGAGCAUCUUAUUCACCAGCCCCACUGCUAUUGUUGCUGCGGGUCAUGACUGUUGCCCAUACCAGUUCACCUACACUGGUCCUGGUGCCCUGGAGUUUGUGAAGAAGCUGGACAUCCCCAAGCAGACGUCUAAGGGCAGCACGUCAGCUAUGCAACACUUCCGCAACCUGGACAUGAGGGCGACUGAGGGGGACAGCAGUGAGCUAGGCACCCUUCACCAGAACAGCAUCACGCAGCUGUGUGUUGUAUCAGGGAACAAAGCCAAAGUGGAGAAGUACAGUAGUGUGGGUCUGGAUGGAGCCAUGGUCAUCUGGGAGUUUAAGCAUUGAACCAAAACGUAUACAAGGAAGGCAGACAUACUGAGGAAUACAUCUGCCAGUAAACCUGUGUCUGUGUAAAUGGGGAUAUGCAUAUGCUUUUAAGUAGCACAUGUGCUUUAUGCUCUUUAUGUAAUAAAGCAUCUUUCAAAUAAAGAGACGUGACAAUGGACUGUAA